AUGGACGGGAGUGGUGUGGACUCGGCCUCCUCGUUGCUUCUGUCCAUUGAGGAUCAAUCCCUUCCCACGACGGAGAUGACAGACGAGCCCCCACGGUCCCCAUCCCCUAUCCCUGGAGAACCACCGGCAGCGGCAUCGACCCCGGCAGCGGCCUCCACCCAGGCAGCGGCCUCGAUUACUGCGGAGUCUGAGAUCUCGAGCAACACGCAGCGUGUGGUCACCGGAACGCGAAGAAGGGAGCUCUUUGAGUCCGACACGGUGGCGGUGCUGCGGGAGAUGCAGGCUUCGGAUCGGGAAGAGCAUGCACUGGAUCGGGAAGAGCAUGCGCUGGAUCGGGAAGAGCAUGCGCUGGAUCGGGAAGAGCAUGCGCUGGAUCGGGAAGAGCAUGCGCUGGAUCGGGAAGAGCAUGCGCUGGAUCGGGAAGAGCAUGCGCUGGAUCGGGCAGAGCAUGCGCUGGAUCGGGCAGAGCAUGCGCUGAACCGGCGCAGAGCAUGCGCUGAACCGGCGCAGAGCAUGCGCUGA